UCCUGAUGACAUCAUCAAGGGCAGCCAUCAGGAAUCGAUUUAGGAGCUGAUCCACCGCUCCAGCUCCUGUAGCUCCAGCUUUGCAGAAGGAAGUGCUGGAGGGAGGCGCAGCGACAGGGGCACAACAGGGAACAGCAGGGUUGCUCAAGAUGGAGCGGAGUCAGCCAUUCCUAGAGGAGAGCACAGCAGAAGGCAGUCUGUGAUCUACAGCUGGGUGGACAAAAGUGGAUCCCCAGCCCUGUGUGCCAUUCGCCUGAAGCUAAAUGAGGAGGUGUUCUGCCACUUAUCCCUUGUCCAGAUGCUCAGUGUCUGCUGAUGGUUUGCCGUGGAGCCCCUUGCACUAACUGCUCAUCCCCUCCCCUCAACCCCUGGACCCUCCUCACUAAUGACUGGCUGGAUUGUUCUUCCCAUCAGCUUGACUGCGUUUUCCAUCCCAGGAAUAUGGAUUGUCUACGCCAUGGCUGUAAUGAACCAUCACGUGUGUCCAGUGGAAAACUGGACCUACAAUCUAACGUGUACCGAUGACAACACCAAAGCUGGGACCCCAAAAUCUUGCUGCACCCUGGAGAAUGUUCCACUUAUUAGUAAGUGUGGUACAUACCCUCCAGAGAGCUGCCUUUUCAGUCUGAUUGGGAACGUGGGAGCAUUCAUGGUGGUGGUCAUCUGUUUGCUGAGAUAUGGACAAGUCAUUGAAGUCAGUCAGAGAUCCUGGUUGAACACUACAGCUUUGAUAGCAGGCUGCACCAAUGCUGCAGGACUGGUCAUGGUGGGAAACUUUCAGGUGGAUUAUGCCAAGUCUCUGCAUUACAUUGGGGCAGGAGUAGCGUUUCCAGCUGGAUUGCUCUUCGUGUGCCUCAGCAGCAUUCUUAGCUACCAGAUAGCAGCCAGCGCGCUUGAUUAUUGGCUGGGACAUCUACGUGUCAGCCUGACCAUUGUGGCCUUAAUAUCUCUCGUCCUAAGUGGUGUUUUCUUCAUCCAGGAAAGCUUCCUUAUGCAGCACUUGGCUGCCAUCUGUGAGUGGAUCUUUGUCCUCGACAUCCUGGUCUUCUAUGGAACCUUUGCCUACGAGUUUGGCUCUGUCUCCACGGACACAAUGAUGGCCGCCCUGCAGAGCUCCUCUGCCCGCAGCUGCAAGUCCCCGGGAAGCAGCAGCACCUCCACCCACCUCCAUCUUAAUGCAGAGCGGGUUGCUAUGAUAUGAGGGGCAGGUGGGGGGAGCCGUCUCCUUAUCCUUCAACACUCAGGACAUGUUACAGAACUUUUUACCAAAUAAGUUAAAAGAAGCCAAUUUACAGCCAAUGCAGGUUUAAAGGAACAGUAACAUCAAAAAAUGUAAUUGUUUUAAAGUAAUACAAAUAUAAUGCAGUGUUGCCCUGCACUAGUAAAACUGGUGUGUUUGCUUCAGAA